CUGACUUCCUUAGCUACUCCAGAAAGUUUGCGGACGUUUGUUUAUACUGCUGGAGUUGAAGUUAGUCGUACAGAGGAACACAAUCAGAAGAAACGGUGAUUUCUAUUUCUUGUACUUACAAUAGAUGGACCUUCGUUCAGAAAAAGUGCAGCGGAUCCUGUCCAAGUACAAAUUCCACGAUGUUGCAGUGGAGGAGCUGCAGAAAAUCCAUCGCAUCUACCCUGGAAUGAAACCAUCCGCAGGCACAUAUACGUUCAGUGAUGGCACCCAGAAAGAUCUCCUGAAAUUAAUUGGUAACAUCCCAGUCCAGUAUGAAGGCCGCUCCUACAACUUCCCCAUUCAACUGUGGCUGAUGGACUCAUUCCCCUUCACCCCUCCAAUAUGCCUCCUGAGACCGACUCCUGACAUGGUCAUCAGAGUGGGCAAGCAUGUAGACCCCAGAGGACGGAUUUACCUGCCAGGGCUGCACAACUGGGAUUUUCCCAAGUCAUCUGUGGUGGGUCUUCUGACUGAGAUGAUCAGCAAGUUUGAGGAGGAUCCUCCGCUGUCCUCAAAAACCACAGGAGACAACAAAGACCCCCAUGAGCUUCUGGCAUUUGUCUCCAAUAUCCAGAUCAAUGACGGUGGAAUCAGACAUCACGAUCAACCGAUCAACAAAGUCUCAGUCAUCGGGGGAGGAGAUUUAGGAAUGGCAUCAGUGAUGAGCAUUUUGGCAAAGUGUAAAGUGGAUAAACUUGUUUUCAUUGACGUUGCUGAGAGUUCCACCAAAGGAGGAAGCACAGACCUGGAGAUUUUCAAUCUGCCAAAGGUCGAGGUCUCCAGAGAUAUGUCUGCCUCUGCGGGCUCCAAGGUUGUUGUGGUGACUGCAAACGCGUGGAGCAGUGAGCAGUCGUACGUAAGCGUGGUUCAGACUAACGUCGACUUGUACCGAGGAAUCAUUCCUAAUCUGGCACGUCUCAGCCCCAACGCCGUAAUGCUCAUCACCUCUCAGCCAGUGGACAUCAUGACCCACGUCGCCUGGAGGCAGAGCGGCCUGCCACCGACACGGGUGAUCGGGGCAGGGUGUAACCUGGACUCGGAGCGACUCAGUCACAUUCUGGAUAUUAACCUGAACACUCACAAACAAGCCUGGGUCAUAGGAGAACUUUCUGACAACAAAGUGGCUGUGAUGAGUAAUACUGGGCUGAGCUCCAGUGUGCAGGCAGAGAUCGCUCCAGGAUCCAGCUCUACCAAACCAUUGUUAGACAGAGCGUUUGACAUCAUGAAGAAUCGAGGUCAGCGUUCGUGGUCUGUGGGUUUGUCCAUUGCUGACAUCACAAACAGUAUCCUGACAGAUAAGAUGAAGACCCACUCUGUCUCCACACUAGCCCAGGGCUGGGGUGGCAUAGGUGCAGAGGUGUUCCUCAGCCUGCCGUGCAUCCUUGGAUCGAAUGGGUCCACACGCCUGGCUGGAGUGUCACUGGGACAGGAGGAAGACUCCAAACUGAGGAGCACCGUCACUUCCCUCUCUAACCUCAUGAGUCAGCUCAGGAUAUGAAGGAUAUGAUUGUAACCCCAGUUCCAGUGCAAACAGCUACACCCUCUGGGAGUGGCUGUUGCUGUUGGUGGUAAAACACCAUCAGAGGAUGGACUGUCCCACUGCUGAAGCUGAAUGCAGUUUCAAUUCGCUGCUUAUACUGGAAGUUUGAAGUUAUGGACUAAAUUGCUCUCUUGAAUGUCUAAUUUAACCAAAAGAUAAAUUUCUCUGUCAUCCUUUGAUGCUGUGUAUUCCUGCGGGUCAAAAAUUGAAAUAACAAUGUACGGAUUACUUAUUUUGUUACAUACAAAAUGGUACUGUUAUAUUUUUUGAAAUCACUAAAACUCUAUACAAAAGCAUCUAAAUAACAGUGAUGCUUUUAGUUUUUACUAACUAUAUUUUUGUCAAUAAUAAGUUGAAUUUGGCCAGGUGCAAUUUUGCCAAAGAUGAAUUUACAGGUAUGUAUAUAUGAUGAAGUAUGAAGCAUGUAGAUUUUAUGCAGUACAGAUGGUGAGUCAGUGGAUUCUUCAUUGAUGAAGUACAGCUCAUAUACUUUCUUUGCUGACCUACUUGUAUAUUUCCACAUUUAAUGUCGGUAUCAAAAAGCUCUUAAAAUGCCUUAAUAUUUAAAAUGCCUUACUUUUGUUUACUUCAUGCAAAAAGCCUUUGGACAGCUGGAACUUAAGUUACGUCCAGUGAGACCACACGAUUUUGUGGGUUUGUGCAAUAAAUAUCUGAAACAUGA